AUGGCAGUGGAAGACCAGAACCCUGGAGACUCCUCAGACGAUAGUAGAGAUAUCUCCGGGGGGUUCUUCUACCUGGUCCCUUGUCUUCAUCUUGUAGAUAAAUAUCGGCAGGGUAAUAAUCUGACUGCGGUCACUGAGUUCUUUCUGUUAGGAUUUCAAAUCAACCAAGGUUUAAGAAUUUCACUGUUCUGCUUUCUCCUGAUGAUUUACUGUGGGACAAUAUGUGGGAAUCUCCUGAUCAUCACCCUGGUGUCCACCAGCAAGAACCUCCACACCCCAAUGUACUUCUUAAUCUCACAACUGUCCAUCAAUGACAUGUUGGUGACCUCAGAUAUUACCCCCAAUAUGCUCCAUAUCCUACUGAAUAAUGGGGGGGCCAUUUCAUUUAUUAACUGUGUCGCUCAGUUUUAUUUCUUCUGUGCCUCAGAAACAUCUGAAUGUCUUCUCCUCUCUGUGAUGUCUUAUGACAGAUAUGUGGCCAUCUGUAAUCCUCUCCGUUACUCUUCUAUCAUGACAAGUAAAUAUUGUGGGAUAUUGACAGUCAUCUGUUGGUUUUUGGGAUCUUCCAUUAUUUUGAUUUAUAUAAUUACAAUGACAAAGCUUAUUUUUUGUGGACCAAACAUCAUUGACCAUUUCUUCUGUGACAUGAUCCCCUUACUAGAGCUUUCCUGCUCUGACACCUUUGUUGUUCACUUGCAGAUGACUUUACUAAGUAUUCCAGUCCUAUUAAUACCAUCCACCAUCAUUAUAGUUUCUUAUACUUAUAUUGUUUUAGAAAUAUUAAGGAUCCCAUCCAAUGCUGGUAGGAAGAAAGCCUUCUCCACCUGUAGCUCCCACCUCAUUGUGGUCUCCAUAUUCUAUGGGACUAUAUUCAGUGUUUAUGUUGUCCCAACAAAAGGACAAACACUGACCAUGAGUAAAAUCCUCUCCCUACUAUAUACUGUGUUUAUUCCUUUGGUCAACCCUAUUAUAUACAGUCUGAGGAAUAAAGACAUUAGGAAAGCCGUACAGGAAACAAUUCAAAAGUGGGUGAUCUGGUAA